GGCGGAUGCUUGAUGUCAGGGCACUCGCACAGAGUCUCACAUGCCCACACGAAACGGGGAGGGCCUCCUCGAGAACACACACGAGACGGGGCCAGCACAGUCAUCACCACAGCUGGAAGAGAAAAGAGAGGCAGCCCAGCGGCGGACGGAGUCGAGAACAACAUCGUGUUCACCAUGCUUGCGCCCGUCUACACCACCCGUAAAGGGAAACCACAUGCUAGACCCAGAUGCUAGCCAGAUUGCCAUCGCCGGGAGCGACUGAGCCAGUUUACGACGGAUGGGCAAAUGUAUUCCCCACCUCGACGCGAGUGGGCCGGAUUUGAAGUGGAUGACCAACCAGCCAGACAACCAGGCGUGUGAGGCUGCACAGGCACAGACAGAUGACAUCGUCAGCUACUCCAGACCACGACGAGCCCACGAGCUUAUCAAGCAUCGCGAUCUUGAGCUGUGCCAGCCCGCGAUACGCCUGUGGCGCCAAUCCUCGUCCCUCCAGCAGCCAUCAUGGCUGGGGAAGCCGCCCUUCAUUUGCGCAACCCAAGGCGCGCAGCGUCUAAUUAAUGCUAAGGCGCUUCCCCUCUCGCCUCCGCCACGUUUCGUAAUUAGCAUCACGGACAGGAGGACUCCAUGCAAAGGGCUACCUGUAGUCUCACAUUCCCAUGAUCAGCUGAAGCGGCUCAUGGGCCCUGUCCUGCAACCCAGAACGCCAGCAGACGUCGUCUUGUCUGCUGUCGCUGUCUCGACUCGCAUUCUGAAAUGCUGCUCGCCUUGCCAGUCUCACCCGCUUUGCGACUCUAAGUCAGAGACAGCAAACUCUAUCAGGCCCUAGGCGAGGCGGUUGAGGCUCACCAAGCCUUGGCC